AAUAAACAGCCGUCGUAUAUGAACUGUCGCUGGAUCUGUCAUAUAAGUCACAUUAUUUUCGCCUGAGUAACUGCAUCAUAAGAUCGUAAUGACCGAAGCCGAUGCAUUAUUUAAGAGCAAAAUCCAUUAUUAUGGAAGGGAACAGUAUUACCAAGCAAUGCAGGACACAUGUGUCGCUGCAACUAAGAAAUUUGGCAAUGAUCCAAUUUAUCGCUUCUACUCUGCAGUGUCUCACCUCUUACAAGGCUGCACACAGGAGGCCAUCAGACAACUCCAGCCUCUACAG